UUGAAGUUGUUGGCAGAGUGAGAGUGUGGGAGCAGGUCACAAUGAUUUAAGAGGAACACUUAUAGUCCAAGAUGUUUGGGAGGCUGAGAAGAGGAUCACUUGUGCUUAAGAUUUGGAGACCAGCCUGGGCAAACAUGUUGGUUCCUUCAUCAGCUUCAGGACAAAUUCGAAGUUACCAUGUAGACUGGAAAAUGGUGCGGGAUGUGAAGAGACGAAAAAUGGCCUAUGAAUAUGCAGAUGAGAGGCUGCGGAUCAAUUCACUUAGGAAGAAUACCAUUUUGCCAAAAGGCCUUCAGGAAAUAGCUGAUGAAGAAAUUGCUGCCCUUCCCCGGGAUAGCUGUCCUGUGAGAAUCAGAAAUAGGUGUGUUAUGACAUCCCGUCCUCGUGGUGUAAAGCGGCGAUGGAGGCUUAGUCGCAUAGUCUUCCGUCACUUAGCUGACCACGGGCAACUUUCUGGCGUCCAGCGAGCAAUGUGGUAAACAGUUUCAGAACCUACUGAGCUUUCAGGAAAGCCAGUGCUGGCAGCAAGGAGAGACUUUUCCAAUAGACUAAACCCUAGGAUAUAUGAGGCUCUAGAAUGUUUAGUUGGCAUGAUGCUGUCUGUGGGUAAAUUACUUUUAUAUUUUAAGUGAAAAAAUGUGGAUAUUUCUGUCAUUGAAUUGUCCUUUCUCUUUAACUUUAUAGACAUAUUCUAUACAAGGAGUAAGAGUGAAAUAAAAAUACUUUGUGAAAAUA